AUGGACCCAACAAGAUGCAGACUUCCCGCCAGGACCUGGAAAGGAUGUAUUGAGGAGGGAAAAGCAAGUGAGCGACGAUGUCGUUGGCCAUUGGUACUACUGUUGGUGCAGGGCAAAAUAGAACCGUGUUUAUGGGCCAUUCUUCCAUUGUACUCUCUUCAUCUCUUUGCAUCGAUCAUGCUGUUUACUGCUAUAAUAGAAACUAGUGCUUUGAUGCAGUAUUUUACUCCACAGAGGACUAGUGAGCAAACUCUAGCAAGAAAUAGUAGAGGCCAGUGCACUGAAAUUGCACUUCGAAUUCAUGUAGUAGACUAA